AUGGUCAACAUUCCCAAAACCCGCCGGACCUACUGCAAGGGCAAGGAGUGCCACAAGCACACCCAGCACAAGGUCACCCAGUACAAGGCUGGCAAGGCCUCCCUGUUUGCCCAGGGUAAGCGUCGUUAUGAUAGAAAGCAGUCCGGUUACGGUGGUCAGACCAAGCCUGUCUUCCACAAGAAGGCUAAGACCACCAAGAAGGUUGUCCUGCGUCUCGAGUGCACUUCCUGCAAGGCCAAGAAGCAGCUCGCCCUGAAGCGCUGCAAGCACUUCGAGUUGGGUGGUGACAAGAAGACCAAGGGUGCUGCUCUUGUCUUCUAA